AUGCAAACUGCUUCUACAAACAUUUGUGAAAGACUGUGCAACAAGUCCAUCCGUGAAAUUUCAUUGCUACUAACUCAUCCACGGUCAACGGUUAGUGUUAUUAUAACAAAGUGGAAGCAACUGGGAAAAGCAACUCAGCCAUGAAGUGGUAGGCCACGUAAAAUGACAGAGCGAGGUCAGCGCAUGCUGAAGCUUACAGUGCACAGUAGUUGCCAACUAUCUGCAGUCAAUAGCUAAAGACCUCCAAACUUCGUUUGGCCUUCAUAUUAGCACAACAACAGUGUGUACAGAGCUUCAUGGAAAGGGUUUCCAUGGCCAAGCUUUACAUCACCAAG